UCAAAUGAUGGCGCUUCACUUUUCUCUCUGCUAGGGCUUUUCAACUCUGCCUCUUUCACUUUCCCUCAAAUUACUAACCAUUCCCUCUCAUUUUCUCUCAAUUUCUCGCCAACCAAUCACCCAGUUUUCCCUAUCAAAUCACCAAAUUUCCCAUAAGCCCAACCUUUUUUCUUCACGCUCUGGUGAACCAUAUGCAAUCUACAUUUUCUGAUUAAAGCUUUUCUCUCUGUUACUCUCAAUUGAGGAUAGCGAUUUCCAAGAAAUUUCUGCCUUCGGUUUUCGAUGGCUGUGAAUCUGACGGAAGGGGCGGUGGAGAAAAUGGCCAAGGGAGAGCUGGCCAGCGAGAAGGACAUGACGCCAGUGUUGCAGGUGACGGAACUGAAGCUUGUUCAGAGCAGGCUUCAACAGCAACAACAGCAGGAACCACCUAAGGAGAGAUUCAGGUUGGUCUUAUCAGACGGGACCAACCUGCAGCAAGGGAUGCUCGGCACUAGCAAGAACGAACUUGUCAAAAAUGGAAGUUUGCAGAUUGGUUCCGUUAUUCAGUUGACGCAGUUUGUCUGUAGCGUCAUACAAGGCCGCAGGAUUGUUAUUGUUGUGGAACUAGUGGUAAUUCUUGAAAAAUAUGACAUACUUGGGAAUCCUGUAGCUAUGCCAAGGCCUGCUGAACCUGGACAAGCCUUCACUGAACAACCAGGAAAACUAACAGGGAAUCCUCAAUCUUUUGGUGGAAGUUCACUAUCUGGUGGUUUAGUUGAUAAACCAAAUGCAGGUGGGUCAUCUGUACAGCAGCCAAGAACAAACCAAUUGCAGAGUAAUUAUCUCAACAAUUCUGACUCAGGCAGAUAUCCUCCUACUAGUUCCCCCCUUGCUUACCCUAAAGCAGAACUUGGCUCUAGGUUUCCCGAAUCAGCUCCACCCCAUGGGGUGUAUGGUGAUCAAAGAAUGGGUUUCAGGAAUCCUGGCCCAGAUGUAUCACGGCCUCUUCCAACCACUUAUAACCGUCCUCCUGACACCUUCCAUCAGCGGGCAGUGCAACCAAUGUAUGUUAACAGAGGGCCAGUAGCCAGGAAUGAAGCCCCAGCGAGGAUAAUUCCAAUUGCUGCUCUCAAUCCCUACCAGGGCCGGUGGACAAUCAAGGCAAGAGUAACAUCAAAAGGGGAACUUAGGCACUACAACAAUCCUCGUGGUGAUGGGAAGGUGUUUUCUUUUGAUCUUCUUGAUGCUGAUGGUGGAGAAAUACGGGUGACGUGUUUUAAUGCCGUGGCUGAUCAAUUCUACAACCAGAUUGAAGCUGGGAAGGUUUAUUUAUUUUCGAAGGGAAGUCUCAAACCUGCUCAAAAAAAUUUCAACCACCUUAACAAUGAUUUUGAAAUAUAUUUAGAAAGCACAUCAACUGUCCAACCAUGCUUUGAGGAUAAUAUCUCAAUUCCACAGCAACGCUUUCACUUCCGGCUUAUAAGCGAUGUUGAGGGCAUGGAAAACAACAGUGUUGUAGAUGUAAUUGGUGUAGUGUCAUCUAUCAGUCCUACUUCUUCAAUUAUGAGAAAAAAUGGUACUGAAACUCAAAAGAGAAUUCUCCAAUUGAAGGACACAUCUGGCCGAAGUGUUGAAUUAACUCUGUGGGGAAACUUUUGCAAUGCUGAGGGACAAACGCUACAAAAUUUGUGUGAUUCUGGGGUAUACCCAGUUCUGGCUGUAAAAUCAGGUAGAGUUAAUGAUUUUAAUGGCAAGGCUGUGGGGACAAUUUCUACAAGUCAGCUAUUUAUAGAGCCAGAUUUUCCAGAAGCUCACAAGCUAAAGCAAUGGUUUGAUAAGGAAGGAAGGAGCACUCCUUCUAUCUCUAUUUCUAAGGAAGUAUCAAGUGUGGGGAAAGCAGAUGCCCGGAAGACUAUAUCACAGAUCAAGGAUGAGAGGCUAGGGACUUCCGAGAAGCCAGAUUGGAUCACAGUCAGUGCAACAAUUAUAUACAUGAAGUCUGACAAUUUCUGUUAUACAGCUUGUCCUAUCAUGAUUGGGGAUCGACCUUGCAACAAAAAGGUUACCAAUAAUGGAGAUGGAAAGUGGCGUUGUGACAGGUGCGAUCAAUGUGUAGAUGAAUGUGACUAUCGGUAUAUAAUACAGUUCCAGGUACAGGAUCAUACGGGCAUAACGUGGGUGACUGCCUUUCAGGAGGCUGGUGAAGAUAUUAUGGGGAUAUCUGCUAAAGAUCUAUACUAUCUGAAAUAUGAGAAUCAAGAUGAUGAAAAAUAUGCAGAAGUAAUUCGUAGGGUUGUCUUUAUGAGAUAUGUAUUCAAGCUAAAAAUAAAAGAAGAAACAUUCAGUGAUGAACAGCGUGUAAAAGCUACAGUGGUGAAAGCGGAGAAGGUAAAUUAUUCGUUUGAGACCAGGUUUCUUUUGGACAUGAUGAAUAAACUUAAAGAAAGGGAUUCUAGUUGUUUUUCCAUGAAGGUGGAUGAUGGUAGCAAUCUGAAUCCUGGAAUGAGUAAUACUGGAAACCUGGGAAGAAGGCAACCCGCUGUUGGUGGAUCAACUGCAAAUCAAGCUGGUCAAUAUGGUAACGAGUAUGGUAGUUCUAGGAUUCAUGGUGUUGCAAGUCCUGGGUUCACGGGUUGCAACCGAUGCGGGAGUAGCAGUCAUAACCCAACAAAUUGUCCAAGUAGUAUGAGUAGUUUGGGACAAUCAAUGGGAGGUAGUUAUGUAAAUAGGGUAUCUCCUGGUGGAGGUUCUGGAAGCAGCACCGGAGUCUCUUUCUCAACGGGAAGAUACGGAGGUACGCCAGGGCAACAGGUCGGUGGCUAUUAAACUCUUGUACAGCAAUUUUCAUCUGUGUGAAGACUUGCAUAGCUGUGAAUUUUUGUUAGGAUCACGUGUCAUGAGUUCAAAUUGUGUGCAAGAAUUGGGAGGUUCGUCCAUUGGUUCCUUCUUUUAUCUUACACUGAUGUUUAAUAUUAUGCUUUUGGGGUUUUAGUCACUUGAAAGUUGAACCUUCUGCAUAAUAAUAUGAAAUUAAAUGUUGCUACAUUCGUUUCGUUUCA